AACUCGUGAGCAGACAUCAUGAACCAAGCCGAUUAGAGUACUUGUGUACUUAUUCGGGAAACUUCUUCAAUGAAAUGGCUUGUUUGCUCAGUGAAGCAGAAAUUUCCCGAUCUGGCCUUUACCGUUAGUGACUAAAUGUGCAAAGGUUUCAUAAAAACUAUUAGGUUUCGGCUGCUAUCUAGUAGAUAGUCGAUUUUAUAUCAAUGGAAGAUUACAAAUAUUUAUUCAAAGUUGUUCUGAUUGGAAAUGCAGGAGUUGGAAAAACAUGUUUGGUUCGGAGGUUUACUCAGGGCAUAUUCCCUCCUGGGCAAGGGGCCACAAUUGGAGUUGAUUUCAUGAUCAAAACAGUAGAAAUUGAUGGACUAAAGAUCAAGCUCCAGAUUUGGGACACUGCUGGUCAAGAGCGCUUUAGAUCAAUAACUCAAAGUUACUACAGAUCGGCUCAUGCCCUUAUUUUGGUAUACGAUGUUAGCGCCCAACCGACGUUUGACUGUCUGCCAGUUUGGUUAAGGGAAGUUGAGGAAUACGCAAGCCCCAAAGUGCUCCGGGUUCUAGUUGGCAAUAAAGUUGAUCGUGAUGACCGGGAAAUUCCGCCUGCUGUUGGAGAAGGAUUCUCAAGAAUGAAUAACAUGUAUUUUAUUGAGACAUCAGCAAAGGACUGCAGCAACGUAGAUAAACUUUUUCAAGAAAUAGCCCGCGAGCUUAUUCAGACAAUGAGAAAUCAACGCCAGGAAACUAGUCAGGAUGCGAAUUCGAAUGAUGGACCUAUUAGUCAACAUGAUACAACUCAUCUAGACGGUGCUGCCGAAAAGUCUUGGUCAGAAUCCAAUUGCUGCAAGUCAUGAUCUUCCAGUAUAAUGAUCUCUGAAUGUUGUGCAAUGUUUGGUGAUGACUCUAUUCAUAUAUUAUUAUCUUUUUAACUGUGCGUUCUACAUUGGACAGACUCCGUCUAUUGACACUGUUAGGCGUCCUUUUCUCUUUCAGUU